GAGCCCAGGCAUUGCUAAGUGCAGGCACUGUGAGGGAUUCCCACCCGGGGAGGAUUCUGCAGCUCUGUCUCUUCUGGGGACUGACUGUCCAGCACAGCCACCACAGGGGACUGGUCAGGCUUCACCCAAAGUCCUUCUUCACCUGCCCAGCGAGAGGGGAUGGCUGCUGAAGGGGCAGAAUCCAAGCCCAUGCCUCCUGUCACCCAGUCCAGGAUGGAGAACUUCAGGAAGGUGAAGACAUCAGAGGAAGACAGCCCUCUGCCCUUCACUGGCCUGGCCCCUGAUGUGGUGGAAAUGAAGGUGAAGGAGGGCAGCAAGAUCCGAAACUUGAUGGGGUUUGCCAUGUCCAGGAUGGAGCUGAAGGGCACUCGGCAGAUUGUCUUCAGUGGCUGUGGCCGGGCGGUCACCAAGACCAUUACUUGUGUGGAGAUCAUGAAAAGGAAGCUGGGGGGUCUCCACCAGGUCACCAAGGUGCGCUACAAGACCCUGGUGGAAGUCUGGGAAAACAAGGACCCUCUGCCCAAUGGUCAAGUGGAGACCCUGACUGUCCAUAAGAAUGUGCCCUCCAUCUGCAUCCUGCUCUCCAAGGACCCCCUGGAUCCCAGUGAAAUGGGCUACCAACCCCCAGAGCCCAGGGAAGGGCUCUGGCCAGAAAAGGAGGAGAUAGAGGAUGAGAUAUCCACUUCCUCCCCAAAGGGCAUGAAGAGACCUUUGACAUCUCCACAGGAGGAACUGAAUAACAAGAAGUUGCAGGUACAGGUACCAGAGAGUCAAAAGGGCUCAGGGAUGAUGGACUACAUGCUGGACUAUCCUCACUGA